AGGGGUGGGGGGAGGCCGCGCUAACGACCCGCGGACGGACGGACGGACGGACGGACGGACCGACGGACCGACGGGCCGGCAUGCGGGCGGCCCGGCUCUAGCCCGGGUGCGGGGCUCCGGCUGCAGCUAUGGAGCGGCGGCUGCGCGCGCUGGAGCAGCUGGCGCGGGGUGAGGCCGGCGGUGGCCCCGGGCUCGACGGCCUCCUGGAUCUGCUGCUGGGGCUGCACCACGAGCUCAGCAGCGCCCCCCUCCGGCGGGAGCGCAACGUGGCGCAGUUCCUGAGCUGGGCCGGCCCCUUCGUAACGAAGGUGAAAGAGCUGAGGCUACAGAGAGAUGACUUUGAGAUCUUGAAGGUGAUCGGCCGAGGGGCCUUCGGGGAGGUCGCCGUGGUGAGGCAGAGGGACAGUGGGCAGAUUUUUGCCAUGAAGAUGCUGCACAAGUGGGAGAUGCUGAAGAGGGCCGAGACUGCCUGUUUCCGGGAAGAGCGGGACGUUCUGGUGAAGGGGGACAGCCGCUGGGUGACCACUCUGCAUUACGCCUUCCAAGACGAGGAAUACCUGUACCUGGUGAUGGACUACUAUGCCGGUGGGGACCUGCUCACUCUUUUGAGCCGCUUUGAGGACCGCCUUCCGCCCGAGCUGGCCCAGUUCUACCUGGCCGAGAUGGUGCUGGCCAUCCACUCUCUGCACCAGCUGGGCUACGUGCACAGGGAUGUCAAGCCGGACAAUGUCCUGCUAGACAUGAACGGGCACAUCCGCUUGGCUGACUUCGGCUCCUGUCUACGUCUCAACAGCAAUGGCAUGGUGGAUUCGUCAGUGGCAGUAGGGACACCGGACUACAUCUCCCCCGAGAUCCUGCAAGCCAUGGAGGAGGGCAAGGGCCACUAUGGCCCACAGUGCGACUGGUGGUCACUGGGAGUCUGUGCCUAUGAGCUGCUCUUCGGGGAGACGCCCUUCUAUGCUGAAUCCCUGGUGGAAACCUACGGCAAGAUCAUGAACCAUGAGGACCACCUGCAGCUUCCCGCGGAUGCACCUGACGUGCCGGCCAGCGCCCAAGACCUGAUCCGCCAAUUGCUGUGCCGCCAGGAGGAGCGCCUGGGCCGCGGGGGGCUGGAUGACUUCCGGAACCACCCCUUCUUUGAAGGCGUGGACUGGGAGCGGCUGGCAACCAGCACUGCCCCCUACAUCCCUGAGCUUCGCGGGCCUGUGGACACCUCCAACUUCGAUGUGGACGAUGACGCUCUCAACCAUCCAGGGACCCUGCCCCCACCCUCCCACGGGGCCUUCUCGGGCCACCACCUGCCAUUUGUGGGUUUCACCUACACUUCGGGCAGUCCGGGCCCUGAGAGCAGCUCUGAGCAGCUGCCUGCCCUAGAGCGGAAGCUCCGUUGUCUGGAGCAGGAGAAGACGGAGCUGAGCCGGAAGCUCCAAGAGGCCCUGCAGGUGUCCUCAGACCAUCGGGAGCUGGAGCGGCUACAGAAGGAAGUGCAGACUCUACGGCACAGGCUGUCAGAGACGCCGAGGGGCAGCAAGGCCUCCUUAUCCCAGACGGAUGGUGGUAGCCCAGGCCGGGACUCGGACCUACGGCAGGAGAGAGACCGGCUCCUCCGGGAGCUGGCCGAGGCUCAGGCAGGGCUGCAGGCCCAGGCAGGGGAACUAUGCAGAGCCCAGGAGCGGCAGGAGGAGCUGCUCCAGAGGCUGCGGGAGGCCCAGGAGAGAGAGGCAGCCACGGCCAGCCAGACCCAGGCUCUGAGCUCCCGGCUGGAGGAAGCCCAGGAUACCAGCAGGAGGCUGCAGGCCCAGGUGGCCACCCUGUGCCGGGAGGUGACACAGCUCCAGAGACAGCGGGAGCGAAGCAUUGAGAAGGAAUCUUUGCGGGUCAAGACCAUCCACGCCGCCUCUGAGACCAACGGCACGGGGCUGCCCGAGGGCGGGCCUCAGGAAGCGCAGCUGAGGAAGGAGGUGGCCGCCCUGCGUGUGCAGCUGGAGCAGGCCCGUGGCCACGGGCUGAGUGGGAAGGAGGAGGCUCUGUGCCGGCUCCAGGAAGAGAACCAGAGGCUGAGCCUGGAGCAGGAGCGGCUGGCAGAAGAGCUGGAGAGGGAGCAGCAGAGCAAGCAGCAGCUGGAGGGCGAACGGAGGGAGACGGAGAGCAACUGGGAGGCCCAGAUUGCCGACAUCCUCAGCUGGGUGAACGAUGAGAAGGUCUCAAGAGGCUACCUGCAGGCCCUGGCCACCAAGAUGGCCGAGGAGCUGGAGUCCCUGCGGAACGUGGGCACCCAGACGCCCCCCACCCGGCCGCUGGACCACCAGUGGAAGGCGCGGCGGCUGCAGAAGAUGGAGGCCUCGGCCAGGCUGGAGCUGCAGUCGGCGCUGGAGGCCGAGAUCCGGGCCAAGCAGAGCUUGCAGGAGCAGCUGACGCAGGUGCAGGAGGCCCAGCGGCAGGCCGACAGCCGUCUGCAGGAGGCUGAGCAGCAGAGCCGGGGCCUGCGGCAGGAGCUGGCCGCGCUGCGGGAGGAGCUGCAGGCCCGGGGGCCAGCGGACACUAAGCCCUCAAAUUCCCUGAUUCCCUUCUUGUCCCUCCGGAGCUCAGAGAAGGAUUCCACCAAGGAUCCUGGCAUCUCAGGAGAGGCCCUGAGGCCCGGUAUGGAGCCCGAGCUGAAGCCAGAGGGCCGCCGCAGCCUGCGUCUGGGGGCCGUGUUCCCCAGAGCGCCCGCUGCUGUCACCACCCCUACAGAAGUUCCUCCCGCAAAGCCCGGCUCACACUCCCUGCGGCCCCGGAGCUUCCCAUCCCCCACCAAGUGUCUCCGCUGCACCUCGCUGAUGCUGGGCCUGGGCCGCCAGGGCCUGGGCUGUGACGCCUGUGGUUACUUCUGUCACUCAGCCUGUGCCCCCCAGGCCCCGCCCUGCCCCGUGCCCCCUGACCUCCUCCGCACGGCCCUGGGAGUGCACCCCGAAACGGGCACAGGCACGGCCUAUGAGGGCUUCCUGUCGGUGCCACGGCCCUCGGGGGUCCGGCGGGGCUGGCAGCGGGUGUUCGCCGCCCUCAGUGACUCCCGCCUGCUGCUGUUUGACGCCCCUGAUCCACGGCUCAGCCCGGCCAGCGGGGCCCUCCUACAGGCGCUGGAUCUGAGGGACCCUCAGUUCUCAGCCACCCCCGUCCUGGCCUCUGAUGUUAUUCACGCCCAGUCCCGGGACCUGCCACGCAUCUUUAGGGUGACGGCCUCCCAGCUGACGGUGCCCCCUGCCAUGUGCACCGUGUUGCUGCUGGCAGAGAGUGAGGCUGAGCGGGAGCGCUGGCUGCAGGUGCUGGGCGAGCUGCAGCGGCUGCUUCUGGACACGCGGCCAAGGCCUCGGCCUGUGUACACGCUCAAGGAAGCCUAUGACAACGGGCUGCCCCUGCUGCCCCACGCGCUCUGCGCCGCCAUCAUCGACCAGGAACGGCUUGCUCUGGGCACCGAGGAGGGGCUGUUUGUGAUCCACCUGCACAGCAACGACAUCUUCCAGGUGGGCGAGUGCCGGCGGGUGCAGCGGCUGGCCGUGAGCCCCACCGCGGGCCUUCUGGUUGUGCUGUGCGGCCGUGGCCCCAGCGUGCGCCUCUUCGCCCUGGCCAAGCUGGAGAGCGCGGAGGUGGCGGGUGCCAAGAUCCCCGAGUCUCGAGGCUGCCAGGCGCUGGCAGCCGGGUGCAUCCUGCAGGCCCGCACGCCCGUGCUCUGCGUAGCCGUCAAGCGCCAGGUGCUCUGCUACCAGCUGGGCCCGGGCCCAGGGCCCUGGCAGCGCCGCAUCCGUGAGCUUCAGGCGCCGGCACCCGUGCAGAGCCUGGGGCUGCUGGGCGACCGGCUGUGCGUGGGAGCAGCCGGGACCUUCGCACUCUACCCGCUGCUCAACGAGGCCGCUCCCUUGGCCCUAGGGGCCAGUCUGGUGCCCGAGGAGCUGCCACCAUCCCGCGGGGGCCUGGGCGAGGCGCUGGGCGCCGUGGAGCUCAGCCUGAGUGAGUUCCUGCUGCUGUUCGCCACGGCCGGGGUCUACGUGGACAGCGCCGGCCGCAAGUCCCGCGUCCAUGAGUUGCUGUGGCCGGCAGUGCCCACGGGCUGGGGGUGUUUCCGUGACACGGAGGAGGAAACAAGCCCGCGGAGGUGCCUGACUUGCCAGGGGCUGCACAGCACAGUGUCCUGCCCUGCAGGUUAUGCAGCCCCCUACCUGACAGUGUUCAGCGAGAAUUCCAUCGACGUGUUUGAUGUAAGGAAAGCAGAAUGGGUCCAGACGGUGCCACUCAAGAAGGUGCGACCCCUAAACCCAGAGGGCUCCCUGUUCCUCUUUGGCACGGAGAAGGUCCGCCUGACCUACCUCAGGAACCGGCUGGCAGAGAAGGACGAGUUCGACAUCCCCGACCUCACCGACAACAGCCGGCGCCAGCUGUUCCGCACCAAGAGCAAGCGCCACUUCUUCUUCCGCGUGUCGGAGGAGCAGCGGCAGCAGCGGCGCAGGGAGUUGCUGAAGGACCCCUUUGUGCGCUCCAAGCUCAUCUCACCGCCCUCCAACUUCAACCACCUGGUGCACGUGGGCCCCACGGACGGGAAGCCCGGCGCCAGGGAUCUGCCCCCGCAGGCUCCAGGAGGGAAGGGCCGAGGUACCCGCGGCUCCGGCCCGCAGCGUCCCCACAGCUUCUCGGAGGCCUCGAGGCGGCCAGCCUCCGUGGGCAGCGACGGGCUCACUGGAGACGCGGACGCCAUGAAGAGGAAGCCUUGGACCUCUCUGUCCAGUGAGUCCGUGUCCUGCUCCCAGGGAUCUCUGAGCCCCGCAGACUCCCUGAUACAGGUCUCAGAACGGCCCCGGAGCCUGCCCCCAGCCCCUGAAUCAGAGGGUUCCCCUUGACACCCUCUGGCAGGGCCCACCCCAAUCCCAGGACUGAGACACAUGAGUGAGCAAAGAGCUUGAGGAAUGCCAUGCUCCGGCUGGCCCGGGAUGUGUGGAAAUUCGGACUCAGGAAGGGCCUGGGCUGGACAGCGACUCAGAGGCUGGCCUGGGUUCCCAGGACCCAGGAGACCUGACUCUGAGCCAUCGUCCUGCCUUUCCCCUCUGCUCCCGGCCCCUACCUUUGCUAGCCACUGGGAAUAGAAUGGCCCCCUUUUCUGCCCUGGGGGCCCCUCUGCCCCUGGAGCCCAGGGGUAAUUGUGCCAAAGUUCUCCUUCCCAGUGUCAAGCCUCAGGAAGCCUUAAGCAAGAGUCGGGGUGGGGGUGGGUCUCUGGCGGCAAUCUAGGGUCUUGGCAAGGCACUGUCCAGCCCCCAGGCGAGGCCGAGGUGGGGCAUAUCACGGCCUCUGCUCAAGGUUGAGGUAGGAAAGACGGACUCUGAUCCAAAGGAAAGGAGGGUGGGGUGCCUGGCCGGCUCAGUCAGUAGAGCCUGCGACAUCUGAUCUAGGGGGUGUGAGUUCGAACCCCAUGUUGGGUGUAGAGAUUACUUAAAAAUUAAAAAAAAAAACUUUUUUUUUCAAAGGAAAGAAGGAUAGACAAGGAACAGGGAAGAUGUAAGUGAAGGAGGCUGUAGGUGAAGAAGGUGAGAGAAGGAAGUAGAAGAGACAGUGCUAGUGGCUGGCAGGAGGGGGAGGGGGAGGAGGGGGAGGAGCAGGGAGGGGAGGAGCAGUGAAGAGGAGCAGAGAGCGGAUGGGAGCUGGGAGAAGAACACUACUGAUAGACUGAGGGGCCUUUCUCUCUGGGGAGGAGCUCGGUGGGGUUGGGAACAGAGAGGGGCCCUGUAAGCCAAAUGACAUUGCAUCUAAUCCGCCCGGGGUUGGGGGGGGGGGUGGGCGGGGAGAUCAUUCCUAGACAGGGACAGGACAGGGAGGGUAUUUAUAAAGGCUACUUGGUGGGCGAUGGCACCUGAUGGGGGCCACUGGAGGGUCUCCAGGCACACUCUGGCCCUUCCCGGAAAGGGGGGUGGUCCUUUUUCCCAAAGCCUCCGCCACCUGUGUAUUAGGGGAUCAUAGGGGGCAUUUUAUUAUUGAUCACAGUCACUAUUAUUGUUAUUAUAUUACUAUUUUUAUUAAACGUCCCUCUGCUGACAAGUGGGGGGCAAAAUAAGUAUUUAUCUCCUCAAACGCCAUAUUCCCGGGAGGGAUUGACCCUAAUGCUCUGUGAGUCAGUACGAAACCAAUAAAGACAACUUUUUAAGCU